CGGCAGUGGGCAACACCACAAAAACAACAACAAGCCACGCCUCCUCGCCUCCUCCACACAUCUGCUGCUGCCGCCGCCACACAACAACAACAACAACAACAAGAACAACACCUGCCCUCCUGCCUGCCUGCCCCUGCCUCGACCGCAGCAGCCAUGGGUGCAAAUGAGAGCAUGCUGCUGGAAGGCGGCGCUUCGAAGAAGCGCACGUUUACAAAGUCUGAGCUCGAGGAUAUCAUCUCCUAUCUUGAUGAGCAAUACGCAAACGUGCUGCGCCGCGCAGAGCAGCUGUCGCAGCGCGGUGGCGUGGGCUGGUCACAGGAAUACGCGUCCUUCUCCCGCUUCCAUGCCCAACCUGCCACAGCAGGCAACGCAGAGACGAACCAGAUUUUGAACCGUUACCGAAACAUCCUGCCAUACGACGCCACCCGCGUCAAGGUCACGCCAAACAGAUUCAAUGGCAACAAUGACUACAUCAACGCCUGCUUCGUGCACGGCCAUCGCCCCAACUCCUUCAUCGCCUCCCAAGGCCCCGUCCCGGCCGCCUUUAACGCCUUUUGGCAGAUGAUCUGGGAGCAGCAGGUCGAAGUCAUUGCCAUGGUCACCAACGAGAUUGAGGGCGGGAAACUCAAGUGCCACAAGUACUGGCCAGAUGACUCGCAGCAGCAGGUGACUUACGGGUCCUUCCAAGUCGUGCUCGGCCCAAAGAAGGACAAGUCCAACUUUGUCAUCCGCCACAUGCUCGUGCGCAACCUGGAGACGAACCAGGAACGGCCCCUCACACAUUUUCUCUACACGGCCUGGCCAGACCACGGCGUGCCUAACACGGCAAACGAAAUGCUCUCCUUCCGCAAGGCCGUGUUGAAGGAGAUUCGGUCGGAAGCACCCGUGCUUGUCCACUGCUCUGCCGGCGUCGGCCGCACAGGCACAUUCAUCGCUGUUGACACGCUCAUCCGGCGCCUUGAGAGCAAGAAGGGCCGCGUUGACCCGUGCGAAGUCGUGUCCGAGAUGCGCAAGUGCCGCGCCUUCCUCGUCCAAACCCUGGUGCAGUACCAGUUUGUGUUCAAGGCUGUUCUCGAGGCGAUUGGCAAGCGUCGCCAGAGGGCAAAGCGUGCCCUUGACCAGCUUGAGGCUGGCCAAGCGGGAACACAGGUCGACACCAGCCACCAGCAGAUGCGGGACCUCGAACGUGCCGAUGUGCGCCACGACUACAGGCAUGACACAGACACGAACGUUGCCAAGGAGGUUUCCCGCACAAAGCGGAUCGAAAGCCUCAUGUCCUACGUCACCAGCGAGACCUGGCGCGAGACGGUGCAGGACAAAAAGUCCCUUGGCUAUGACGUCGUUGCCGCUGCCCCCAUCCACUCUCGUCUCAUGUCGCUUGCAGAAUCAGCCCAGGCAGCGGAGACGGCCUGGAAGCAAAACUACAGCAAGAUGACCGACAACUGGAGCGCUCAGCAGGAGCAUGGCGGUGAGGAGUACGACGUCGGCAAGUCCCUCGAUCCCAUCGAAUCCCGUCUCAUCUCUCUCGCUCAGCAGCGCGAGGCGUGGAAGCUCAAGUCGAAGGAGGCGCGAGAGGAGCUCGAGAAGGAAUACAAGGCCAAGUUCGAUUCUCUCCACUCCCGCUUCCAGAAACUGGACGAGUUCCUUCGUUCGGCAGACCAGCGGUGGCGGGAGCGUGGUGAUGGCCUUCGCGGCGAGGCCGUGAUCGAGCACAGGCGCGACACCGACGAGACCAUCGGAAACCUGCACGACCGCCUGAAGCGCCUCAUCUCCGAGCGCGACAACUGGAAGGAGCGUGGUGAUGGCUUCCGUGGUGUUGUGGACAAGCCCCCGACACCCGAACCCCAGCCAGAACCUGAGCCUGAGCCUGAGCCCGAGCCCGAGCCUGAGCCCGAGCCCGAGCCGGAGCCUGAGCGUGAUCCGGAGAUUAUUCGUGGCGCGGAUGUGCACGUGGAGAAGAAGCCGUUCAAGUUCCUCAGCCUUCGCCGCGCAAAGAAGAAGGAACAGCAGGCCCACCCCAUGGUGGCUGCUGCUGCCAAGUCGUCCAAGAUGCUGAAGAAGGAGCAGAAAGAGAAGGAGAAGCAAGAGAAAAAGGAGCGAAAGGAGCGAGAGAAGCAGGAGAAGAAGGAGAAGAAGAACAAGAAGUAGUCACAACCAUCAAGUGGUGAAAGUGCCUGCCAGCCACCUCCGCUGUAUCUGUCGGUACCUACUUUUGUACUUUGUGUAUGUGUGUGUGUUUGCGUCCUUGUGGUUUUCGCCCUUCGCUAUGUUUCUUCUUCUUGCCCCUCUGCUUUGUUACAACUGCUCACCUUGCUCAUGUUGGAGGUUGGUAGUGUGUUUGUGUGUCGUUGUGUGUGACAUGACGCUUUGUGCCUCCCAUUGCCUGUCGUCAUUUGGUUCUUAAUUGCUGGUUUUCUUUUGUUUUUUGUUUGGUUGCUUUGCUUGUUGUUUGUUUUGUUUGGUCUGGUUCCCAAUCACCCGCAAAUAUGACUUUGAUGGCGGCAUA